GCUCUGAAACAGAAAGAGACAACCCUCGUCAUGACGGAUUGAGCAUGCUCCACAAAACAAAACUAGUCGUGAGCAGGAAUUAAUAAGGUCGCAUUUUUAGCCGUCAUAGUAGUACAGUAAGUAACCCACAAGGCAAAAUAAUCUUUAUUUAUUUUUUUCCCCCCUUUUCACCAGUACGUUGUAACCUAGGCUUGACUGUAAGAGACAGCUUUAUUCAGCAGUCGGGUAUUUUCAUAUUUUUUGUAAAGAUCUUUUCAAAGUGGGAACGACUUCCUAUUUCGACCAAAACAAACAAUGACGGGAAACGAGAGAGAGAGCUAAACUGAGGAGUCAGAUUCAGAGCUCGCCGGAGCGAAUUUGCAAAUGCUCCCGAAUGACAAAAGCGGUGUAUUUUAGAAGCCAGGUACGGGAAACAGAAACGACAUCAACACGUACGAUGAACUACAGAAACUUAACUUCCACCGGGGCGAGCGGUGGCAAAAGUUCUGCCCCGUUAAAUGCCUUUGUAAACGGGCAAGGCCGUGGCUCUGGUGCUGAGUCAGCGGGUGUUUUUGGACCGGACCCAUGUGAUCAGGAAGACUACUGUUGCAUUUGCAUGGACAAAAUCCAUUGGAAAAAAACUCUGGACAAAUGUCAGCAUUCGUUCUGUCGGGAAUGCAUCGACAGCGCGUUCCAGGUCAAGAGCUGCUGUCCAGUGUGCAUGACGUUUUACGGGGAACUGACCGGCAGUCAGCCCCGAAAUGGACAAAUGACAGUGACCAGGCAACCGUUCGGGUUACCGGGCUACGAGGACCACGGGACCAUCAUAAUAAACUACAGUUUUUCCGAUGGCAUACAAGGGCCCGAGCAUCCCAGUCCUGGAGUUAGCUACACAGGGACCUUUCGAGAGGCGUACCUGCCCGACAGCGCGGAGGGGAACAAGGUGCUGCGUCUGCUGCAGAGAGCGUUCCAGCAAAGGCUGGUCUUCACCGUGGGCACGUCUGCCACCACGGGCAGAUCCAACACGGUCAUCUGGAACGACAUCCACCACAAGACCAGCAGCCAUGGCGGCUCGCAAUGCUUCGGGUAUCCAGACCCUGGCUACCUGCUCCGAGUGCAGGAGGAGCUCAGAGUGAAGGGGAUCACUGAGGAGGGUGUGAGUGAGCCUGCAGGGAGAGUGCACUGAGUCUGGACUCAGAGAAUGGAGCCUGAGGAGAGAGCCAAGGGCUAUUUCAUGUAAUCAGCAACCAAACUCAAUCACGACAAUCACCACAUGCAUUGACAACACAUUAUUCACAAGCAAGAACCAGAAAGAAAAAACUGUUCAUCAAAUCCUGUGCAAAAUGCAUGUGCAGAUUCUUAUACAUAGUAAUACAAUAUAUGAUAAAUAGCAGUUUCACCCAUUCCAGGUUUCACUAGAAGCUGGAUUAGCUCCAGUGUAUAGGUAACAAGCUCUGGUGUGUCUUAUUAAACAACCAGUCUAGCAAAACAACCAGGAUAGGAUCAAACUGCUAUGCAAUUUCCAUCCCUGAAUAUAUGCAUUAAGAAAACUUUACUAUUAAAAACUGUGAGAACCUUCAAAGAUAUAGGCUGGUAAUAUCAUAUCAUGUCAUAUAUAUUGUACAUAUCUUUCUCAUAUAUAUACAGGAUUGAUCGAUCAAUGUUUUAUUGAGGCUCAUGUUGAUCAAUAAUCAUUUCAUUAUUGAAUCUCUUCUGUUUUCGUAUCACACUUUGACAGUCUGCAGUCUACAGAACUAAACUCUAGCUCUGGAGGUGGAUGUGUUCAUCCUAGUUCAUGUAUAAUUGAUAACCAAUGCUUUAAACCCCAUUGCCUUUACGUGCUUUAGUAACAGUAUUAAUGUCUUUUGGUUCUUCAGUUGCUUUGUCACUUUAAGAGUCACAGUACCGCGCUAUAGAUUGAACCGCUGGUGCUCCCGCAGGUCGGAUUGCAGACUGUUAGUCAGUUUGAACUACGACACGUGAAGGAAGCAACGGGAAGGGUUGUUUUUGAGGUGCCUAUGUAUUGCACAUUGAGGGUGACCCUGUGACUCUGUGUACACUAGGACAGAAUGGGACAGUUCAGGCUUUUCAACACGCACCCCAAUGCAUAUAUAUAUAUAUAUAUAU